GUAUGAAUCAAAAUUCUUUUCACGCAAAUCAGAGGAAGAGAAUUAAACUAUGCUAACAUACAGCUACAAAAGAGCAAAGCCACAAACCCUUUAAUUUGUUCCUUGUUCUUUCAUAUUACUCUUGCUUGGGGCACUGUGGUUGGCAUGAUGAUGGAGUUCAGAUCCAAGUCAUGCAGAGAUGAAAGGGUUCAGAGAGAAAGCAACUGUGGAGGCAAGGUGGCCCCAACAACCAUGCAAGAUCUGAGGUGUCACAGUGCCAAUAAUGCUUCUUCUGCCACCACUGCUAAGGAGAUUAAGGUGAAGAAAGUGAAAAGGGUAGCUUCUAAACCAUCAAAAAGUUGGAGCUUCAAUGAUCCUGAGUUGCAGAGGAAGAAGAGAGUUGCAGGCUAUAAAAUAUAUGCAGCAGAGGGCAAAAUGAAAGGCUCUCUCAGAAAGAGUUUCAGGUGGAUCAAGCACACUUACACUCAAGCUCUCUAUGGAUGGUGGUGAAUCAUGUUUUAUUCUCCCUUCUUCAUGUUUUCUUUUCUGUAAUCAGAGUUACUUUGUUUUUUUUUUUUUUUCUCAGUAAAUGUUUCAAUCCUAUUCGAACAAGAUUGUGUUUCUGGUUCAGAAGUUUAACUCCCUUUUGUAUGAAAUUCCAUUACUACUGCUGAAUUUCCUAGUUAUCAGAUCACAUUUUAAGAUGAAUAUACUGGUUUUGAAGUAGAUUUUGAUUGGCUUGUUUGUAUUUUAAUUAUGAUUAUGCGUGUCAAGAACAAAAUAAAUGAAAGCUCUAUGACAGAAUCACUCUGUUUCUGUUCUGUUUC